AUGGAAGAUAAAAGCCUUUUUCUUGCACUCCAAAAGCCUCUGUCUGAGAAAGAAGCAAACCUUGUGUUCAAGAUGCGCGAUGCCAAUGGCGACGGAAUUCUCGAUAAGCAGGAACUGAUGACUGACUUGACACACGCUAACAAGAAACCCUCCACAAACUUACCAAACAUGAAACUCACAAGGGAAGAGAUCAAAGAAAUAUUUGUAGGUUUCGACAUCGAUGGCGAUGGUUUUCUCAGUAAGAAUGAGGUAAUGCAGGCCUUCGGUAUGAUGGGUUCAUACUCCCCGCUGUUGAAAACUCACUACGCCAUGGCUUGUGCUGAUGAAGAUGGCGACGGUCUCAUUAGCGAGUGUGAACUUAAUAAACUCAUUGAUUAUGUUCAGAGAACCAAUAAUAGGAGGAGGUUAAAUUAA